GACGAUUGACACAGGGUUCCUCACGCAGCAGCGUAAAAGCCACGCCCACCAGACCAUGAGCACGCAUGCGCAUGAUCGGCUGCGCGUGGACCGGACUUUUUAUCUCUGUACCGAGAAGCCUCCAAUAUGGAUGAAGUAGAAGGAGGCAGUGAGGAAUCACUAAUCUGUGAGCUGUGCAAGGUCCACCCCACCUCAUACGAGGACCUCCAGGCUCAUCUGCGUGGCCACGCCCACUUGGUCAUGGUUGAGAGGUCGGAGGUUGCAAAGAGGUCGGUGUACAUCCGAGGGUUUUCAAAUGUGCCGUCUGCCAAGGAUGACUUGUAUGGAGUUAUGAGUCAGUUUGGGGGCGUGGUAUCAGUGGCGGUGGUGUCAAGUGACUCAGCUGUGUAUGCUCUGGUGGAGUUUGCAACAGUUGACUCUGCCCUUAGUGCCCUCAGGCACUCCCCUCCCCUCAGUCUUCACGGCCACACCCUCACAAUCAAGCCACGCAUACUUAAAACCGACAAGAUCCCAAAAAGAGCAGUUCUUCAGCAUCGGAAGAAACGCCUUGAUGUUGCCGGGGGAGCAGGAGUCAUGGAGAGUGUUGGCGAGGAGGGGGGUAAAAAGGAGAUGGCAAAGAAGAGCAAGACGCAGAAGAGAAAGGAGAGAGAUGAGAUGGUUGGAGGGAUCAGACUCAAUGAGCAGGCAGCAGCUGCCCUCUCUGCAGCACACUCAAUAGAGCUACAACUUGAGACCCUGGCCUCACACUGUCGCCUUGGCAACACUACCGCGGAGGAUCAACUGACAUUGGCAUGGCAACUGCAAGCAAAGUUUCACCGACUCCUGCCGUCCUGUGUUGUUGUUCCAUUUGGAGCCCCCUUCUCUGGUCACGGGACUGUGUCAUCGGACUGUGAUCUGUCUCUGCUUUCGGACCCGUCUCCUCUGGACCUGUCCCUCUUCAUUGGCCCCGCCUACCUCCCCUCCCACCUGCAUUCUGUCUGGGACAGACUGCAGACAACUAGACCAAUGCCAGCAGUGGAGGGAGAGAGCCAGCAGGCAGGCGAGGUGGGGAUGAAGGAGAUACUCGCUGUACUGCUGGCUGAUCCCAGCUACUCGGCUGUGUGGGCUUUGCCGUCUGCUCGUGUCCCUAUCAUCCAGUUCAUGUCGGGCCAGCUGCACUGUGACCUCUCUCUGAACAACAGAUUGGGUCCUGCGAACACACGGCUCCUUGGUGCAUACAUGAACUUUGAUCCCCGGAUGGCUGUACUUGUUCCAUGUGUGCGACUGUGGGUGAGGGGGUGGGGUUUGGGGAGAAGACUACUCAACAAUUAUGCCAUGUCCCUGAUGUUGAUCCACUGUCUUCAGCACACCACUCCACCAGUCCUCCCAUGUCUCCAGGAGCCAGGGGUGUGGCCUAGAAACAUGGCGUGGAUUGGCAGUCGAGGUUUGUCAGUGGAAAAGUCAAUCUCACUGGGUGGUUGGGACUGCUCAUUUACUGACCCUCGCUCCCUCCUGCCUUCCUCCAAUACUGCCACUCCAGCACGACUACUGCUGCACAUUUUCAAGUAUUUCUCAGAGGAAUUCUCAUUUUCUGAGCACAUGGUUGCCAUCCACACAACCUCCCCUCUC